AUGGUUUUACUGGGAAGGACAGGAAGUGGUAAAAGCUCCACCGCCAACUCCAUCCUUGGCCGGAAGGUCUUGGACCUAAAGCUCAGCAGUCCCUCGAUCAGCCAGCGCUGCCACAGGGCCAGUGGAGAAUUUCGUGGCCGGCAGCUGCUGAUUCUUGACACUCCUGGUGUACUGGACACUCAUCAGACUUUGCAGGAGAUGCAGCGGGAGCUGAGAAGGAGCGUUAGCCUCCUCUUCCCCGGACCACAUGCUUUCCUGAUUGUUAUCCACAUCAGAAGGUUCACUCAGGAGGAGAAGGAGACGUUGCAACACAUCAAAGAAGCAAUGGGCCCCUAUGGUUUGAGCUUCUCUGUGGUGGUUUUUACCCACGGAGACCAUCUGGAGGAGGGGACAUCCGUGAAGCAUUGCCUGAUAGACCAGUGUAAGGACCUGGCUGAGCUGGUGGCUGGAGGUCGUGGCAGAUACUGUGUCUUCAAUAACCAGAACCUUAAUAACAAGGAGCAGGUCUCCGAGUUGAUCGCUUUGGUGGAUGGCAUGAUGCAAGAUAACAGAGAGAGUUACUACAACAGCAAAAUGCUUCAGAAAGCAGAGGAAGAUCUGGCUCGUCGACUGGAGGAGGAGAGGAAGCUGCUUACUGAAAAGAAUGAGCUGCAGAAGCAGGACAAUACCCUCAAGGACUAG